AUAAUUGAAAGGGAUCAAUUUUUGAGGCAGCUCCCAGGAGAACUCCUCCAUUCUGUGAAGGGAGGAGUUCCCUUCUGCUCAAUCUUCAUCUUUUUUAAUAGUUGAUUAAUUUCAAUUAUUAAUCCCAAGCACCAAAUCAUCAAUAACACAAACUCCACUGAUAAUUUUAUAAUCUCAGUUGCUUUGUCGAACGAACAUUUAUAAAUCGAUUUCUGAGGCAUUUACAGGUUAUAUCAUGGGGUUACAUUUAGCUUCAAGCUUUCUGGUAACCCUUUUUUUAGCCAUUGCCAUGCCGAAAGUUGUUCUUGGGGAGGACAUUAAUAUUAAUCCACCGGUGAUAUACGACGCCAGGUCCCUGAUCAUCAAUGGUAGUAGACAACUUUUAUUCUCUGGUUCCAUUCAUUAUCCUCGUACGCAACCUGAGAUGUGGCCGAGCCUCAUCAAAAAAUCUAAAGCGGGAGGAUUGAAUGUCAUCCAAACUUAUGUCUUCUGGAAUGUCCAUGAGCCUGUUGAAGGCCAGUUCAAUUUUGCUGGCAAUGCUGAUUUGGUACGAUUCCUCAAAUGUGUUCAUGAGCAUGGCUUGUGGGUGAACCUCAGACUCGGUCCAUAUAUUGCUGCUGAAUGGAAUCAUGGUGGAUUUCCAUAUUGGCUCAGAGAGGUCGCAAAUAUUACAUUUCGUUCUUAUAAUGAACCUUUCAUGCACCACAUGAGAAGAUUUAGUGAGAUGAUUAUAAACAUGAUGAAAAACGAGAAGUUGUUUUAUCCUCAGGGAGGCCCCAUUAUAAUGUCACAGAUAGAAAAUGAGUAUGGAGCAGUACAGGCAACAUACAGAGAAGAUGGAGCUAAGUACAUCCAGUGGGCAGCUGAGAUGGCAGUUGGUCUGUAUGGGAAAAUUCCAUGGCUCAUGUGCAAACAGCCAAAUGCUCCUUCUUUGGUGAUUGAAACAUGCAAUGGAAGGCAUUGUGCAGAUACGUUCCAAGGGCCUAAUGGUCCAGACAAGCCCAUUUUGUGGACAGAAAAUUGGACUGCGCAAUAUCGAGCAUUCGGAGAUCCACCAUCUCAAAGAUCAGCAGAAGAUCUUGCUUUUUCUGUCGCCAACUUCUUCGCUAGUAAUGGAACUUUUGUCAACUAUUACAUGUAUUAUGGUGGUACGAAUUAUGGUAGAACUGCCUCAUCUUUUGUGACUACUCGUUACUAUGAUGAAGCUCCCCUUGAUGAAUAUGGCUUGUUGAGAGAACCUAAAUGGGGCCACCUCAGAGAUGUCCACAGGGCUUUAAAGUUAUCAAAGAAGGCUUUGUUUUGGGGACAAAGGACUUCUAUGAGAAUCAAUAGAAAUGUUGAGAUAGUAACUUACGAGAAGCCUGGUGAUGCAAGCAUGUGUGCUGCAUUUUUUAUAAACAAACAUACAAAACUUCCAGCAACAAUUACAUUUAGGGGUUCGGUUUAUUAUGUUCCCUCAAAAUCCAUUAGCAUUCUUCCAGAUUGCAAGACUGUUGUUUUCAAUAGUCAAACAAUCAUUGCGCAACACAGUACAAGAAAUUUUGUCCCAUCAAAGAAAGCAAAUAACUUUAAAUGGGAGUCUUAUCGUGAAAUAAUUCCAACCUACAAUGAUUUACCUAUUAAAGAUAUAAUACCAAGGGAGCUCUAUCAGUUGACAAAAGAUGCUUCAGAUUAUGCAUGGUAUAGUACCAGUGUUAAUAUUGAACACCGUGACCUUCCCAUGAGGCCGGACAUCAUGCCCGUUCUUGAAGUACAAAAUAAUGGUCAUGCUAUGGUUGCUUUUGUGAAUGGCGAACAUAUAGGAUUUGCACAUGGGAAUUUAGACCAGAAGAAGUUUUCUUUAGUGAAAGCUGUAAAUUUGAGACCCGGACUCAACCACAUAACGCUUUUGUGCAUGACAAUGGGAUUCCAGAAUAGUGGAGCUCACAUGGAGAAGAGAUGGACAGGGCCUGAUUCUGUGCGAAUUAAGGGUCUGAAUACGGGAACACUUGAUCUCACUGAAACUCACUGGGGACAUGAGGUUGGCAUUACGGGAGAAAAGCUUCCAUUAUACCUGGAAGAAGGUGAACGAAAAGUGCAAUGGUCACCAGAUACUGGACUAGGAACUUCGAUCACAUGGUACAAGACACAUUUUAAAACACCAGAAGGGAAAAAUCCAGUCGCAAUUACCAUGGAUUCAAUGAACAAAGGCAUGAUCUGGAUCAACGGUAACAACAUUGGUCGUUACUGGGCAUCUUUCCUCACUCCUCAUGGAAGACCUUCUCAAACCGAGUACCACAUCCCACGAGAAUUCUUGAAGCGUAAAAAGAAUUCGUUAGUUGUGUUUGAGGAAGUGGGAGGAAAGCCCGAAAAUAUAACAAUAAUGACGGUCAAUAGAGAUAUAAUAUGCAGCUUAAUAAGUGAGGUGACUCCACCAUCAGUGAAAACAUGGGAAAGGAAGGAAAAUGAAUUGCGGAAAGUACUCCUCGUGGAAGAUAUGAAGUCAGGAGCUCGUUUAACUUGUCCAGAUGACAAAGUGAUCGUAGAUGUGGAGUUUGCAAGCUUCGGCGAUCCUAUUGGUGCUUGUGGAAUAUUUAGUGUUGGGACUUGUCAUUCUCCCAAUAGCAUGAGCGUUGUCUUAAAGCAUUGCUUGGGAAAACACAGCUGCGCAAUCCCGCUUGACAGAAAAGCAUUUUAUUUAACUGGCAAUAUUGAUAAUUGCCCAGAUACAUUUAAGUCAUUGGCUGUCCAAGUAAGGUGUGGUAAAUCAUCAAUGCAAUAACUAGCAAUGCCUAGCUAGAUAUCUACAUGUGACUUGCAUUGAAAAACCUAAGUUGAUGGAUGUUCGAGUUGUAAGACCACUUGAAAAUCCAGAGAUUACCACCAUGU